AUGGAGAGGUCUACGAAACGCAAACUUGAAACAGCAAUAGCUAAAUGGGUGGCUACCACUUGUCGACCGAUUAGUAUUGUGCAGGACGUUGGACUUCGUGAAAUCAUACGGAUCACGUCCAAUGACUGGACAUAUGAACUACCUUGUAGGACCACCAUUACCACGAAAAUCCACAAUCUGUUUGACAACGAGAAGGCUAAAGUGUCGGAGGCUUCGGGGAAGACGAGCACAGUUGCGCUCACUGGAGACUAUUGGACUUCACUCAGUAAUCAUAGUUACCUCGGGGUUACAGCUCAUUAUUUUGAACAGCAGUGGGAACUUCAGUCACACGCGUUGACUGUUAUGAAGACAGAGGAGAGGCACUUCGCCGACACAUGCGCGGAGCACUUCAUGCAUGUAGCUGGAGAAUGGGACAUUGAAGGUAAAGUCAGCACACUGACCACCGACAGUGCACGCAACAUGAUCGCAGCGUCCAAGCAACUCCCGUUUGAACACAUGACUUGUGCAGCACAUCUCCUCCAACGGGCCAUCACUGUGUCCCUGCAGCACAGCCCAUUUGAUAGUGCACUGGCGAAAUGCAGGAAGGUGGUGGGCCAUUUCAAGCACAGUGCACCGAAUGCAGCAGAGCUUGAGAAAAUGCAAGAUGCAAGGAAGAAACCUAAAGAGGCUCUCACACAGGACGUUUCAACUCGAUGGAACAGUACCUUGGAGAUGAUCAGGUCUAUUCUGAGAAAUCAAGAACCACUGAGAGAUGCCCUUGCCCUCCAUCCAACCAAGGUGACAAUGCCAACAGCAGCUGAGCUGGAUAAACUGCAGAAGUUGGAGACAGUCCUGGAACCCUGCAGGUGAAUUAUUGAUACUCUAAUUGACAUUAUGUUUGUUUCUGUGUGUGUGUGUGUGUGUGUGUGUGUGUGUGUGUGUGUGUGUGUGUGUGUGUGAGAGAGAGAGAGAGAGAGAGAGAGAGAGAGAGAGAGAGGUAGGGAGGGUGGGGGGUCCUCAGCCCUUGUAUGGGUGAGUUUGCAACUUUAUCAUUCCCUUAUUAUUGCAGGUACGUAACAGAGCUUCUCGGAGGAGAGAACUUUGUAUCCUGUUCAGCUGUGCUGCCAGCCUUGAGCCAUCUGUCACGAGUCAUGGAGGUCUCUGAGGAUGACCCAGCAUACAUGGCUAAGUUCAAAGAGACCUUCACAGCAGACCUGGAGCAAGGCAAGGAAAAAACAAACUUGCCAUGGCUGAAGGUUGCGACAGCCCUGGACCCUAGGUUUAAGGACCUCAAGUGUCUGAGCAAACCUGAGAGGGCUGAGGUGUGGCGUUCCAUUACUGACUUGCUCAAGGAGGAGAGGCCUGCACAACCAGAACAACCAACGGUGUCUGUGCCACUAAAGAAAAGAUUAGCGCUCAUGUUUGAGUCUUCAUCUGACGAGGAGGAGGACUACCUUGAGAGAUGUCUGGAGCGCUACAGGGCAGAGCCCACCAUUGACAUGGAGGACUGUCCACAGCAGUGGUGGGCUGACCAUGAAGGAGCACACAGCAUGAUGGCCGGCCUUGCGCGCAAAUACUUGGCAACACCUGCCACCUCGGUGCCAUGCGAAAGGUUGUUUUCACUGUCUGGGCAUGUUGUCAAUAAGAAGAGAGCCUCACUGGCUUCUGAAAAUGUCAACAAGCUUGUCUGCUUGAGCAAUUGGCUCAGAGCAAAGAAAUAAGUGUUCUGUUCAAACAAGAGAAGAAAUGUAGGCUGAUGUUAAGUUUAUUUUGUCUGAUAAAAAGAGGAAGUGGAGGUUGAUACUUGAUAGAAGCUGCUGUUUCUUUCAUCUGUUGAAAAAGAGAAGAUGUUCUGUCUGUUAAAAAGAGAAGGUGGAGCUGAUAUAUUUUGGAGAUGGAGGCUGGGUUGUUCAGCCUCUGCUGAAUACAACAUAACAGCUGUUUAUAGGCUAUAGCCUGACUGCACUAUCAUUUGAGUCCUGUUUUGCUCCCCCUGUCUCAUGCACACUUUAUUCAUUGUGUUAGUAACUGAAGCUUUUUCGUGCAUCACUCUAGUUUGUUUUGAUUUUGGUGCAAAUGUGCAAUGCAUUCUUUGGUGUUAAAAGGCAGCUACAAACAAAGAAAUGGAUGAAUGGUUAAACUGUGAAGUUCAACACACUACUGUGUUCGUGUUAGUAAUCAUUACUAUGUAAUGUACAGUUAGUAAAUUGUUUGAUCUGUAAUUUUUAUUGUUGGGCUUUUUUGUUUUACAAUGAAGUUUGCACAGUAGUUUAUUAAAGACAGUGUUUUUCAUUGUGGCAACAAAUAAACAUGCGUUUUUUGGCAUGAAGCAAGAAUUUGUCUAUUCUCAUGUUGAUAAACGUAUUACAAUUUGAAAAAGGUCGAUUUAGAAUGGAUAAAAAAUAUGCGAUCAAUUUGCGAUUAUUAAUCGUGAUUAAUUUUGAUCAAAAUUCGAUUAAUCGCGAUUAAAUAUUUUAAUCGAUUGACAGCCCUAAUAUAUAUAUAUAUAUACAGUAUAUAUAUAUAUAUAUAUAUAUAUAUGUAUCCAUGUAUCCAUGUAUCCACACACACACACACACACACACACACACACACACACACACAAUAUAUGUAUAUAUAUAUAUAUAUAUAUGUAGUGGUAUGAGGCACCACGGCCUCAAGCUCGGCUCUGUUUGCCUCUUCCAAGCUCUUAGCCAAUCACGGUGCAGACAGAGGAUAUAAAAGUAGGCUGCGCUCCUCCCCCUGACCUCUCGCUUCCUGCCUCUUCGGCCCGCCCACUUCCGGGUCGUUGCCCAUGCUGCUCACCUCGGAGCACAGGUAGGCUCACCUUGGCGUGUGAUUUGUGCACAUUCGUCUGAGUUUUAUUUAACCUAAACCGUCGUUGGUUGAUAGAUCUGGCAUUUGGCGUCUGGGGACGAUACGGUCGGGUGCAUUCACCGCUGUCAUCCAAGCCUAGGUGAGUUAUGGCGAGCUACCUUUGUUUGUUGUUGUUAGCCAGGUGCUAAGCCCUUUUCCGCUUCUCCCCUCAUAGUUGGCUGUCUCAUAGUGCAGUGCGUGGCUGUCUCUGCCUGCUGUGCAGCCUUUCUUCACCCCUCUCCCUCUUGGACGGGACUAAAACUCACGGCGGAUGAACCGGACUUUGCAGACACUGAAAGCUAAGUACGAUUAUGGCUGGUUAGCCCCCGGCUACCUGGAUACUGCUGCUGCUGCUGCUGCUGCUGCUGUUGCUUCGCUGCCGCUUUGCUGCCGUUAUUAAACGCCUCCGCUGCUUCCGCUGUUUGCCGGCCUGCUUCGGGGUGCGGUCGGCUGCCUCACGCCGACUCCCCUUUGUUGACUUUGUCCCCCAGCAGCCGUGCGAGGUGCGGAGCGAGUGUGUUACCCGGGUGGACGCGACUGCGAGUCCCCGGUUCGGACUGUGUGUGAGCAUGUGUGUUUGACUUUUUAAAGGCACUCUGUGAAGUUCGCUCAUUCAUUUCGUUUUGUUCUUUUUGGGUAAUUUCUUGGUUUGGUUGUUUUAUUUAUUUGUUUUGUUUAAGUGAUUUGUUAAUUUUUUGGAAACGUACUUAUUAUACUUUAAUGGGUAAUGUUUUAGUUGGAGAUCCUUUUUGUUAGUGCUUUGAAUUAAUUAAUUUUUGGUUUUCUGAGUUUAUCUCUGGCCAGAGAGUCGUAAUUUGUUUCCUUUGUUUGAUUUCUGAUUCAUUUUGAACAUUAUUACCCAGUUAAAUUGAUUAGUUAUUGAUUUGGUUAUGUUUUGGUGUGUUUUCUUUAUGAGUCCCUUGCCCUAAUUGUGUUUCUUUUCCCCCUACAGAGCUGACGGCCAACGGUGGUGGUGGUGGUCCUCCAAGGUGGUGGUGAUCCCUGAGUGUGUGCGUUUUAUUUGA